AUGGCUCGCCUCCUUGCGCUUCUGGCGGUGCUCGCGGCCGCCCGGGCAUGGGCGUAUGCCGCUGCCCCGCCGUGCAACGAGAUCGCGCGAGUGAUCGCGCCAUGCAUGGCCUACCUCUCGUACCAGGCGUGGGUGCCGUACGGACGGUGCUGCGCCGGGGUGGCGGCCCUGAACGGGACCGUCGCCACCCGCGGCGACCGGGUGGCCAUCUGCAACUGCUUCAAGAGCGUCGUCCCCAACUUCCCCGGCGUCGACUUCUCACGCACCGCCACUCUCCUGCGCUUGUGUGGUGUCCUCAUCAACAUCACCAUCUCCCCCUCCAUCGACUGCAGCAGCCUUCCACCGCCGCGAGAACUCCAGGAAGUUCAGCAUUAA